GGUAAAACUAUGCAAAGAACAAAAAAAAAAAAGAAAAAAAACUUGCUUUAUUUAGAGUUAAGUGGUGCUUUACAGCUCAAAGUACGUCUUCUUCUUCCUCUGUCACAUUCUUCUUCAUCGUCCUCCUCGCGGAUCCAUAUUGAGAUAGACAGCCGAGUAUAUGCUACAAGGGAGAUACUCCGGAGACUGUUUUUUCAGAUGAUUGGUAGUAACUGUGUUACGCUUGAACGGUGCCAUGAUGGGCAUCUGUCUGAUGAAGCGCUGCUGCUCAAGGCUUCUUUUGAUCUCGUUGCUUUGUGCUCUAACGAAUGAAAACAAAGCGAUUAGUCCCGAUGGUGAGGCGCUGCUGAGCUUUAGAAGUGUAGUUUCUAGUUCUGAUGGUGUCGUCGGAAAGUGGAGACCAGAGGAUCCUGAUCCGUGUAACUGGAAGGGGGUGACUUGUGAUGCGAAAACAAAAAGAGUUAUAGCCUUGAGUCUUACUCAUCACAAAUUAAUUGGACCUUUACCCCCUGAGCUUGGAAAGCUGGAUCAGUUGAGCCUUUUAAUGCUUCACAACAAUAAUUUAUAUGGCUCAAUACCUACAGCAUUGGGAAAUUGCACAGCAUUGGAGGAAAUAUACUUGCAGAACAAUUUCUUCACUGGCCCAAUCCCAAGUGAAAUGGGAAAUCUGUCAAGGCUUAAAAAUCUGGACAUCUCUAGCAACGAUCUCACUGGAGCUAUCCCUGUUUCACUUGGGCAGUUAGGAAAGCUUACUAAUUUCAAUGUAUCAAACAAUUUUCUGGUGGGGAAAAUACCUUCUGAUGGCUUACUCGCCCAAUUUUCGAAGGACUCCUUCAUCGGAAAUUUAAAAUUGUGUGGAAAACAAGUUGAUGUGAUGUGCAAAGAUGAAAACUCUUCCACUGGUUCUGGUUCAACAGGAGGCCAAGGAGGUAAGAAGCUGCUUAUAAGUGCCUCAGCUACAGUGGGUGGGCUGCUCCUAGUGGCGCUUAUGUGUUUCUGGGGAUGCUUUCUCUAUAAAAAGCUUGGUAGAGUUGAGAAUACAAGCCUUGCUAUAGAUGUCGGUGGAGGUGCGUCUAUCGUGAUGUUCCAUGGAGAUUUGCCCUAUGCUUCUAAAGACAUUAUCAAGAAACUGGAAGCUCUUAACGAAGAGCAUAUAAUAGGCUGUGGAGGUUUUGGAACAGUUUACAAGCUGGACAUGGACGAUGGCAAUGUUUUUGCGCUGAAAAGAAUUGUAAAGUUAAAUGGAGGGUUUGAUAGGUUUUUUGAAAGGGAGCUUGAGAUUCUUGGAAGCAUCAAACAUCGUUACCUCGUGAAUCUACGUGGUUACUGCAACUCACCCACAUCAAAGCUUCUGCUGUAUGAUUACCUUCCUGGUGGUAGCCUUGACCAAGCUCUUCAUGAGAGAGGUGAGCAGCUGGAUUGGGACUCAAGAGUGAAUAUAAUAAUAGGAGCAGCAAAAGGGGUAGCAUAUCUGCAUCAUGAUUGCUCUCCUAGGAUCAUACACCGUGAUAUAAAGUCGAGCAACAUUUUACUCGAUGGGAAUCUGGAGGCUCGAGUAUCAGACUUUGGGCUUGCCAAGCUGUUAGAAGACGAAGAAUCUCAUAUCACAACCAUUGUUGCAGGCACAUUUGGUUACUUAGCUCCAGAGUAUAUGCAAAGUGGUAGAGCGACUGAGAAAACGGAUGUCUACAGUUUUGGAGUUUUGAUUCUUGAAGUCUUGAGUGGUAAACUUCCCACGGAUACUUCCUACAUCGAGAAAGGCUAUAACGUUGUUGGUUGGCUUAACUUCUUAAUCAGCGAGAACCGUCCACGGGAGAUUGUUGAUAGAAGCUGUGAAGGAGUAGAAACAGAGAGUCUAGAUGCUCUUCUAUCCAUAGCAACAAAGUGUGUAUCUUCAAGUCCGGACGAGCGGCCCACAAUGCACAGAGUAGUCCAGUUACUUGAAUCCCAAGUUAUGUCUCCUUGCCCUAGCGACUUCUACGAUUCCAGCUCCGAUUGAUCACAUCCCACAACCGUCUUCUUCGAGGUUCGAGCCAUUCAUUUUGCUGUCCCUCUUUUUAUUUUUUUGGCUUUGAUUUUUCUUAGAAUGUUUCUGAGAUUGAUCAAAUCCUCUCUCAUUUCAUCUGAAUAUGAAACUAUAAUGUAUAUGACCACUUGACCAGUUGUAGAAACCCAUAUUUUUAUAAUCUAAAUAAUUUUGUUUCUUUA